GGUUGAGUUUUGUAAAUAUUGCCACCCAGUUAGAAUGUGAUCAGCUUGAAUCAGUCCAGAGACAUUGUAGAGCCUUUGCCUUCUGAACGGUGUGCUUCCAAGCAGCAGCGAAAUGCCUAAGGUUCCAUUUCUACCAUUUUCAAUCUUUUUGGGAAUACUGGGGAUCUUGUGUUGGGGGCUUACAGUAUAUUGGAGUCAGCACUGGCUUGGUAGCUUUGCCUGGGAUGGUUCUCCUAAGAUGUUUAAUUGGCACCCAGUUUUCAUGGUGACAGGCAUGCUGGUCUUGUAUGGUACAGCGGCUCUGGUGUACCGUUUGCCCUUCUCCCAAAUGGGGUCCAAGCUCCCUUGGAAGGUGCUGCAUGCAACACUGACCUUGGUAGCAUUUGUCUUUGUUGUUCUGGGAUUGGAGGCUGUCUUUGAGUUUCGCAAUGUGAAGAAGACCCCCAAUAUGUACUCUCUACACAGUUGGCUUGGGCUCUCUGCUGUGCUACUUUUUUCAUGCCAGUGGCUAAUGGGGUUUACUUCUUUUUUGUUGCCUUGGACCCCCAUCUGGUUCCGAGCCCUCUACAAACCUAUCCAUGUUUUCUUUGGCUCUACUAUCCUUGGUUUGGCUAUUGCAUCCUGCAUCUCAGGCAUUAAUGAAAAGCUAUUCUUCAGAUCAAAAAAUUCAACAACGCCGUGCCCCAAGCUUUCUGCAGAGGCUUGGUUUGCCAACAUUCUGGGAAUGCUGAUUUUGGUGUUUGGAGUGUUAGUGUUGUUGGGUCUUGCCAUAUCAGGAUGGAAACGUCCAGAUGUGAAUUCACAAGACAUUCGAGAGCCUCUGUUACAGGAAGCCAAAUGAAGAGCUAGAAAGCAGCUGCAUGGAACUACCAGUAAGGGGUCUGAUGGCCCUUUCUUAAGUUUGCAGCCUUGCUUGCUGCUGCUGCUGCUCUCAGUACAAGAACUCACAUCAUGAAUUGAUGCAGUAAGAGAAGAUUAUUCUAUUAACAGACAUUCAAAUUUGUUCCUUUGAGCCUAUCUGAUUUUUAAACUUGAAGUGUUUGUACUAUCAUGGGCUGCUGGACAUUUAGACAUAUUUGAACAAACCUAUUUGCUAAAGUGCCAUAGAAUUCUCAGAUUUUGUGUUUUUCUACAGCUAACUAAAAACCUAAUUCACCAACUAAAA